AUGAGCGUACUCUACGCGCACAAGAAUUUGUAUCCUGUGGUCAGCCUGCCGUUCCUGUGGCCCGUUUGCCGGGGACGCAUGCCGUUCUCUGCUGGUAUUUUCGCCCGCCUGUGCAGAUAUCCGAUUGCAAAGCAACUGUGGGAUACUAAGGUUGCCAAAGAGAUCGGGCAUCUCAAGCGGUUACUCGCUCAAGCAGAGAAGACUCAGCAGAGCUUCGCAGCAGAGGUGUCUCGGAGGCAAUCUGGUACGAGUCAAGCGCUCACUGAGAAGACAGGGGAUCUUCUCGAGCUAGAAGCUGAGCAGGAGGAAGUCUUGAACGAGCAGCACCGGUCCGCGGAGGAGCAGAGGGAUCGCAUCAGUCGAUGCAAGCUCAAGCGCGGGGUGACUCUUGGCGCGCUUCUCCUCGGGCAUGCGGUUAAGCGCAUCCAAACCGAGCUCCAAACUUUUUCGAUGCUUGCCCUUCGAAGCAACCUCAUGACGGAGAACGACAUUCUGCACCUUGCCAUCCAAAUGCUCCCAAAGUUUGUACCGUUUGCCUGGAAGGACCUAGAUGCUGCGCGACAGGCGAAUCUCCUGAAGAACGAAUACCUACACCUCGUUGAGCCCACGAGAUUGCAUCUCACAAACUUGCGCGACAUGUACUGUCUUCACCGCCUGGACACCGAGGAGCGCACGAGGCGCGUUGCAGAGUUCUACGAAACCUCCUACGAUAGGCAAAGAGGGCUGACGGCGUUGCAGUGUCUGCUUCGAAGCCAUAGUCGGCGCCUGAAGUCCGACGCAUUCUCUCUGCUUCGGUAUUAUUCCUGGGCCGUGAGAGCAGUGGAGGAUGAGAGGGCUGCAUGCAGCGCCACAAUAAAACGCGUUCAGGAGACCGAAAAGCUAAAGAGAGCAGAUGCGGGUGCAUCAUAUGAGAACGAUUCCUCGGCGCGAAUUCUUCCGGUACGCCUCCGCGGGAGCUACCCGCGCGCCUGUGAACGCGCAGGCUCCCAUACAGAUUCCUACACAGUGGAACACCGCGAGAGCUCGGGGGCUCGGCUGCCGGUGGAGGCCUGCAGCUGUCACGAGCAGCGCUGCGCUGCAACGCUCCUCGAUGCACCUAUGGCAUCUUUGAAAAAGGCGUCAUCAAAAAAUCGACUUGUACCGAGUUCGUCGGUUGCAUACGACCGCCCAGGGAUCUUCAUUCGCCGCAGGGCGAGCGGUCAGCCGAUUGGGCAUUCCUCAGCAUGCGGCAGUCGAAAGCCACAGCCCCCACGCAGGAGCCACACGUCUCCCUCUCCCGUGAGACGACUGCCUUGGCGCUCGCCACCGAGAUCGCCGACUGUGGCGGACGACGGAAAUAUAUCCGACCCGAUAUGUCAGCUUACAUCGCGGUUUCAUGAGCCACAGACAGAGGAAGCGCCCUGUGUCACUCCGGUUUGCCACACCGCCCGCCGACACGCGAAGACAGAGUCUGGCGCUGAGGACUUCCCGGUCGGCAGUUCAUAUGCGACAGGAAACUGCUGCAGCCCAUGCGAGACUCCCCAGAUGUGCAUCAAAAGCGUACGCACAUCCCGCGGCCGCCGCGGAGGAGGAGCGUUUUCAGUGGAUGCCUCACCUGCAGGGAGCUUAGACUCGGUACGGAACAGGCGAGCGCACGGCCAUAGCUUUGGUGGCUGUACGCGUGAUUUCGGGUAUUGCGAAAGUGAGACGGGCGCUUCUAGCUCGAUUGCGGGAAGUCUGGAAAGCGACGGCCUCUCGGGACGUGGCGGCGGAAGCGCCGAGCGCGCAGCUGCGCGCCUCUCAAAGUCGUCUGAACGAGAAGCACAUCUAUUCCGACACUCCUCCAGCGAGAACCGGGGUGUGUCCAUAGGCGCGUGUUCAGAAGGCGGGGCGCCUACCACAGUGUCUCAGGGCGACUUUGACUUGACCUUGAACGCCACGCAGGCCUCUCCAUUCUUCAGCAACACAGCUCUCCAGGUUGCGGCUUACGUGGCUAAACCGGCAGAGGAAAGUGACUAUCUUCCAAACGGCUUGCCGCGGCCACGUCCUCUCGAUCCUUCAGCCCCCUUGGAACACCUGCGCCCCAGCCAGGGCUUCCCCACUGACGGCAAGGAAUGCGUGGCGCAUUCCUUGCGACUUUUGCCACCGCAGCCGCCGUGCCCACCCGUGACAAUUACGUAUAAAAGCGAGAAACAGAGUAUUUGGGAAGAGCCGCGACCGGAGGAGGAGAAAAUUAGAGCUCGUGUGCAUGUAGUAGGCCGGGGAUGGCCCCCUCCGAGGCUUGAGCAUUUGUUACCGUCCUAA